CCAUCAUUCAUUCCACUACACGACUUGCCCUCCAGCGGGGGCUUUCACUCGCGCUUCCCAGCCACGCACGCCUUGCUUGCACCUCCUGUCGAGAGCAAAACCGUCUCUCCCCGUCUCGAUCACCGGCUGCUGUGCUUCCAAGAAUCGUUCGUCUCACAUCGCCCAGGACGGGCGCAGCAGCCAAUGGCAUCCACUUGCGACCACCCCAUCCAGGCAGGGGGCAUGUGCGCCAUUUGCGGCAUGGUCUUGAGCGAUGACCAGACAUCUGGCUCUAUAUCGAUGAUGCACGACACCGAGUCAGUCACAGUAUCGCGCCAAGAGGCAAGGCGCCUCGAUACGGAAUCGACGAAGCAUCUGUUAGACCAGCGCAAGCUCGCCCUCAUCGUCGAUCUUGAUCAAACGAUCAUCCACGCUACAGUCGACCCAACGGUUGGAGAAUGGCUACGCAACCCCGAGAACCCCAAUUACGAGGCGUUGAAGGGCGUCGGGAGCUUUCGAUUGGGAAUGGACGGCAAAGCCAUUCUCGAUGCUGGCAAAGAUCCGAAGCAGCAAGGCUCCUCGUCUUCUUCAGCGGAUGAUAAUGAGGGCUGCUGGUACUAUGUCAAGCCGAGGCCUGGCCUACAUGAGUUCCUGCAUAAACUAUCCGAGAAGUAUGAGCUCCACGUCUACACAAUGGGCACACGAUCGUACGCUGAUUGCGUCUGCAAGCUCGUCGACCCGGAUGGCGCGCUCUUCGGGACGAGAAUCUUGUCGAGAGAUGAGAAUGGCAGUCUGGUGCAGAAGAGCCUUUCAAGGCUGUUCCCGAUGGACACGAGUAUGGUAGUCAUCAUUGAUGAUCGUGGGGACGUAUGGCAAUGGAGUCCGAACUUGAUCAAAGUCAUACCAUACGACUUCUUCGUGGGCAGCGGCGACAUCAAUGCCGGCUUUCUGCCCGCUCAGACCGGCCCAGGCACCUCAACACCAGCGACACCAGCAGCAACUCCUCUUGAAUCAUCAUCAUCUGCUUCUUCCUCCUCAUCCUCAGCGACUCCAGACUCUGCACCCGUCUCAAGCCCUGACGCCGGCUCAGUUGCCUCUUCCUCAUCUGAUACCACUGCUCCCUCUGAGGCUGCCGAUUCGUCGUCGCCGCAGCCACCACCGCCGCCUCCGCCUGCAAAAGAUACGCGCUCACCCACGGACAAGCUCAAUGAUGCGGCAGAGAAGGAAGAGGCUCGUUCAGCUGAGCGCGAAGUCAAGGUCAAGGCGGAGCAGAGCCAAAAGUCGAUCGUUAGCGAGCAGCUCGACGCCAGACCACUCGCUCGUAUGCAGGAGCAGCUCGACGAGAAGUUUGGCAUCACCUCAUCCAAUCGGUCUACCCCGGCGAGUGAAGGUGUGUCACCCGCCUCGGAGAGCAGCGCAACGCCUGUGAAGGACGAAACGCCCAGCUCAGCUGCAGCGGAGGUCGCGCCAGCCACGAAUGGCACAACUCAUCAAAAUCAAUACGAGACAUCGCCUCCAGCUCCUCCUCCUCCCGCGCCGAGCGACUCUGAUGCACCUCCGCCGCAAGCACCUGCCCACGCUCUCUUGCGAGACACUGAUCGCGAGCUGGAUCGUGUCAAGGAAAUCUUGGACGAGAUUCACACGACGUGGUUCUCACGAUGGGACGAAUACGUUAAGAUUUAUCCCGGAGCGACCACCAGCUCGCAGCCAAGCGAUCCCGACUCCUCCACUGCGUCCUCUUCGACUGGUCCCGUCAAGCCGACGGUCAUGGCCAUCAUUAGCGAGCUCAAGAAGCGCGUCCUCAGCGAUUGCGAUAUCGUCUUCUCUUCGCUAAUCCCGCUGAGCGGCCGGCUCGACGACUCGGAGUACUUCUGGAUGGCAAUUGAGUACGGCGCCACAUGUGCGCCCGAGCUCAAGGCGGAGACCACGCAUCUGGUCGCGGCGAAGGUGGGCACAGCAAAGGUGCAGGCGGCGCAGAGGCAGCAGGGGACGCAGGUUGUAUGGCCGAGCUGGCUGCACGACUCCAUUGCGCAUUGGCACAAGAUGCCCGAGGAGCCCUACGCCUUGCCACCGUGCAUCGGAAACGGAGAUGACGUCGUUUCGAGCGCUCAUCCCACAGAUGAUGAUCUCAGUUCGGACGACCUGGACUUUGCGAUGGAUGGAGACGAUGAUACCACAGCCGGGUCGCAGGAGGCGCUGGAGACUGGUGGCGACAAAGGGGUUGGUAGCAGCACAGGGCCCAGCAACGGGCAAGGCGCGCCCUCAUCGUCCGCCCCAGCUGGCGGGGGUAACGCUCCCUCCUCUGGUUCGCAAGACUCCUGGGCUCUUGAUGCGGUCGGCUGGGCUGAGGCGGACAAGGAGCUGCAGGAGUUCCUUGACGGCAGCGAAGGAGACGAUGAGGCUGGGGAGGACGAAGGCGGGUCAGUUUUCUUUGGUGACGACGAUGAGGACGACGGUCAGGUGGACGGUACCAAUACUCCCUCCGGACGACGCAAGCGGCCGGCAGGAAAACGCAGCCGCCGCUCGACGCCAUCAGUCAAUGGAGAUGGGCUGGGGGAAAGCAGUCAGAGCAUUCGCCUCGUGGAAGACCCUCCCUCCUCAUCGACGAGCGACGGAGGCAACAAGAGGCGACGCAUGGUGGCCACGGCGACGAAGCAGCCUGAUGGCACCUACCGAGCUACAGGCGACGUCUCUACACAAGUCGUCGACGGCGCAGGUGAGACAUCGUCAGCGAAGGCAAAAUCGCCACGCAAGCAGCCGCCGCCACCAGGCCAGUCGCGCUCGCAUACCAACAGCGUUGAUUCUUCGGCGUCAGAUGGCGCCGCCGAUGGGGAUGACACCCAAGCCUUCAUGGAGGACUUGGAGCACGAGCUCGAGGCUGCCAUGGACGAUGGAGAGGACGACUGAGCAUGCGCGCAGAGACUUAUCGAAGGUGACUUGCUUCAGGCGCGACAAGACAGCUUUGGACUCAUCCCCUUCAUUUCAAUACCACCCUCCGUCCCCUCCUGCCUGUCCCUCCCCUCCCCUCUCUCUCUUUCGCCCAUGCCCUCCUCUCUUCUGUCCCUCACCGCUACCAACUGUCACCUACAGAGCUCGACUCGGCCUCAUCCGGAUUAGACGCACCCGUCACCCCCGCCUCCUCCCUCGUCAAGCGGGCUUGGCGACGACGAGAAGGACCGAGCUCGCGCGUCUAUGACAUCUUCUCCACUCUUGUUGUAUUCUCAGAAUAUCUCAUAUCUCAUUCUCAUGUCCACGUCUUCGG